AUGUGGAUAAACAUAGCUUUUUUCGCUAUUCUUAGAAUGAUAACCUUCUUUACUGCAGAUGUUGCAGCAGAUAAGAAAAUUGGAAUGGUUUAUAAGAUUUUACCACAUGAAUACUCAGAAACUCAUUAUUCACAAUAUUCAGAGUCUCUUACACCUGAAGAGGCAAGACAAGUGUUAGCACAUAUGUUAGGUGUCUCAAGAUUCCAUAAACUUGGGUUCCAAGGACAAUCAACAAAGAUUUUAGAUAAGAAAGAGAUGUUAAAUGAGGAGAAUUUGUGGAAGGAGAUGGAAAAUCAUAUGAUAAUUACGUUAGCAGGUGUUAUAGAUUAUAAGAUGUUUUAUAAACAACAUCCUCUUUUUACAAUUGAAAAUUCGCCUAGUUCUGAAGCCUAUAACUAUUUAAUUAAGCGGUUAUUGGGCCAGUUUAAUCAAUUAACAGGUUUAUCUCUAGAACAUUUAUAUGGAAAUAUGUAUGGAGGAGGGUUAUUUUUAAUACCUCCUAUAAUGGGAAUACAUGAUCAAAUUCAACAUGCACCAUCUUUAGAGAUGUUUGAAAAAAUUUUUGAUAAAAAAUAUAGUGGUAUUUUUGAUUUACAAUAUAAAGAAGAUCGUUGUUUUUUGUCAGAGAUUCUUUCUCUUGAUAGUUUUAUAAGCGCAUUAUCAAAUAGUUCAGAAUUAUCCACAAACAAAUUAAUAUCGGCUCAUUUAUCUAGUUUGGAAGUUUUAUAUCAUCAAUAUGGCAUUUAUUCAAAGCAAUAUACAGUUGCUUCUGAGGCUACUAGCUUUAUUAUUAAUCAGAUUUCUAAAAAGAUGCCAAAUACAACAUUUAUAGUUCUUUUGUUACCGCCUAAACCUAUUAUUAAGAAUACUUUAAUACGUCGUGCAGAAAUUGAGAAUGUAUUUGGGGAUGAUCACACUGCACCAUCUUUAAAGGAACUUAGAAAUAUUUAUCCUCAUUGUUUUAGUACUAAAGAAGAUUGUGAAAAGCUGACAAAUUAUUGUUCAAAUCAUGGAAAUUGUGAAAAAUAUUUGGGGCAAGAAGAAUGCUAUACCUGCCAAUGCUUUCCAACAUCUACAAAUACUACAGGAAAUGGGAAGAAGGUUUUCUAUUGGUCUGGAAAUUUAUGUCAGAAAAGAGAUAUUAGUUUUGAGUUUCAAAUGUUUUUUUGGGUACAUUUCUUUAUAUAA